AUGCCCGCCGCCACAACCUCAACCCACGACAGCCUCGACGGCGUGGCCAUCAUCGGCGGCGGCAUCGCAGGCAUGGCCCUCGCCCUCGCCCUCAACGCGCACGCCAUCGCCGCCACAAUCUACGAGUCCCGCGACGCGGUGCCGCUGCCCCACCACGCCGGCGGCGGCAUGAUGCUCUGCCCCAACGCCCUGCGCAUCCUCGAGUCCCUGGGCGUCUACGAGCCGCUCCUGGAGAAGGCGUACAGCUUUGACUACGUCUACUACAAGGACCGCGACGAGAUCACAGUCGACCGGUACCCGCUCGGCGGUCAGGCAGAGUUUGGGUACGAUGCCGUGCGGAUUUUUCGGCAGGAGUUGAUUGAGAUUCUUGCGGGGGCGUGUCGGGCGCGCGGAGUGGAGGUGCGGUAUGGCAAGAGGUUCGUGAAAGUUGUUGGGGAGGAUGACCAAGGAGUGGAGUUUGAGUUCGCGGACGGGGAGAGAAGGAGGGCCGGGUUACUUGUCGGCGCGGACGGGAUCCACUCGCGGGUGCGGAGCAGCUAUGUCGCGCCGGAUGCGCAGCCCGGGUUUGUGGGGCUCGCGGCGCUGACGUACGCGGUGCCGACGGCGCAGCUGCGGGUUCCGGAAGACAAGGAGUACAAGUUCCCCGUCAGCGUGGCGAGCGGUAAUGGGGUGUUUGUGCUGGCGCCGCAGGGGCGGGACGGCGGGGAGAUGCUGGCGGGGACGCAGGUGCCGUUUGAUGCGGAGAAGGCGAGUCUGCCGCGGGAGGCGCUGAUGGCGGAUAAGGAGGCGCUCAAGGCGAGACUUAGGUUGAAUGAGGAGGCGUGGCCGGGCCUGGUGCGGUCUGCGCUCGAGGGGAUCCGGGACGAGACGAUGAAUGUGUGGCCGUUUUUCAUGCUGCCUGCGCUGGAGAGGUGGGCUUCGCAGGGUGGUGCGGGACGGGUGUUGGUGUUGGGGGAUGCGGCGCAUGCGAUUCCGCCUACGACGGGGCAGGGGGCUUCGAUGGCGUUGGAGGAUGCUGCUUCGCUUGCGCUGGUGGUGAAGAGGGUGAGGGAGAGUUCGGGGAAGAUUGGGGAGAGGCUGGGGCGGUUGGUUGGGUUGACCAAGAUGUUGAAUAAUAAGAGGCUUCCGAGCGAUGAGAUGGCCAAGUUGCCGCGGGAGGAGGUGUGGUUUGAGGAGGGUGAGGGGCAGAUGAGGUGGUUGUAUGUGCCUGAGAUUGAGCAGCAGGUUGAGGCGUGGGUGAAGGGCAAGUUGCAAUGA